GUUGGAUGAUUCUAUAAAAAAAUGGGAGAGACAACCCGAACGUGAUUAUUCUUUUGAUGCAUCUAUACGAGAAUCGGAAUCAGAGCAAGUGUCUGAAAUAGAGAAACCUCCUGAUUUGAUCGUUGAAACACCUGUUAAUGAAAUUACUGAUGAUGAAGGGUUACUAAGUCCACAGGAACGUCAAGAACAUUUUUUAUCGACUGAUUGGAAGUCUGUCUUAAAUGAAGUCGAGGAAGAAAUUGGUGAUUGGGGGGAUACAACAAGCGCUCUAGACGAAAGUGAAACUGAAAAUGAAGAAUUUGUACAUGAUUUUGAGGAAUUCUUAAAGGAAGACGAUGAUA